AUGCUGACGCAAGCUGUGUAUGCGAUAGAUCGGAGUCUCAAAACCAUUGGCAUUAUUGAUGCGUACCCCAAAUAUGCGGAUCUGCCUGGUUUCGCUAAGACGGAGGGGAAUAUGAGGUGUUGCACCUACAGCCCGUGUGGAAAGUGGUUUGCUUGGGCUACCCCCGAAAAUGUCAAGGUUGCGUCGGCGGAUACCGGUGAAAUCCGUGCUACCCUGCCAACGGAGGCUGUUCACGAGAUAGGCUUCUCGCCUCAGGGCAGCUACAUUAUCACAUGGCAGAGACCUACUAAGCAGGAGGAUGGAGCUGCAUCGAAGAAUCUUAAAGUCUGGAGAACCGAGACCGCCGAGCCAGUCACAGCGUUCGUGCAGAAGCUUCAGACUGGGUGGAACCUUCAGUAUACCUAUGACGAAAAGUACUGCGCUCGAGGCGUCACCAACGAGGUCCAGUUCUACGAGUCGGACAAGAUGGACAAGGUCUGGGGUCAUCUGCGUGUCGAGGGCGUGUCGGAUUUCGCCCUGGGCCCAGGAAAGAACUAUUCGGUAGCUGCAUUCGUACCGGAGCGCAAGGGACAGCCAGCCAUGGUCAAGGUCUUCCAGGUUCCCAACUGGACCACUGUGCUCUCUCAAAAGAGCUUCUUCAAGGCGGACAGAGUCCAGCUCAAGUGGAACGAUCUUGGAACCACUGUGCUGGUCUUUGCUCAAACCGAUGCCGACAAGACUGGGAAGAGUUACUACGGCGAGACGAACCUUUACCUCAUGACGGUUGCCGGUGGUUCCGACUGUCGUGUUCAAUUAGACAAGGAAGGACCGAUCCACGACGUGAUUUGGUCACCUGACUCGAAGGAAUUCGGAGUGGUGUACGGCUUCAUGCCCGCCAAGACGACCAUUUUCGACUGUCGGGCGAAUGUUGUCCACUCACUGCCCGCUGGCCCCCGCAACACGAUCCUUUUCUCUCCGCAUGCUCGAUUCGUGAUUGUGGCGGGUUUCGGUAAUUUGCAAGGACAGAUUGACAUCUACGAUCGCCAGGCGGGAAUGAGGAAGAUCACCACCAUCGAGUCCUCGAACCCUUCAAUCUGCGAGUGGUCGCCCGACGGUCGUCACAUCCUCACCGCCACGACUUCUCCUCGCCUCCGCGUCGACAACGGUGUGAUGAUCUGGCACUACACUGGAGAGCUGAUGUACAAGGUCGAUAUGGAGGAGCUCUACCACGUCCUCUGGCGCCCCCAGCCCGGCGUGCACACUCUUCCCAGCCCGCUCCCUUCGGCACCGGCCCCCCACGCCUCGGCGUUGAGCCACGUUGGCACGGCGACCCCCAAGAAGUCGACCGGUGCCUACCGACCCCCUCACGCUCGUGGAUCGGAGACGCCCCUCCAUUUCAAGCGUGAGGACGAGGGUGGCGCGGCCCACAACUAUGUCAAUGGCGGCGGUCCCGGCGGUCUCAAUGGCUUCGGCAACAAGGGACGGCGUCGUGAAGUCCCCGGCGCAACUCCCGCCGAGCGUCUUGUCCCCGGUGCGGCUCCCGGCGGCGGCGUCUCCCUGGCAGGAACGGGUGCUGGUGCAGACGAGGACCAAGGCAUGUCCAAGGCUGCUCUCAAGAACAAGAAGAAGCGGGAGGCGGCCAAGAAGGCCAAGGCCGAGGCUGAAGCCGCCGGCGUCGUCGAAACCAGGGAGGGCGGCAGAGACGGACUCCGUGUUCCGGGCGGCAACAUGCGAAACCGCAGCCGCAACGGCCAGCCCAACGGACGCGGGCGCAGCAAGAGUCGUGGCCCCGACGGCCCGCCGAAAGAUGCGCUGGCUGGACCCAAAAAGGUCCAGACUCCUCCUCCACCGCCGCAACCGGCGACGCCAUCCAUACCGCAGAUCAGCGCCGAGGACGCCGCGCAAGACGAGAAGAAGGUUCGCGGCCUGCACAAGAAGCUGAGAGCUAUCGAGGAACUCAAGAUGCGAUUGGCUAAGGGUGAGAAGCUCGAGGACACACAGUUGAAGAAGAUCAAAACCGAGGACGGCGUUCGGAAGGAGCUGGAGGGGCUCGGAGCUGAUCCUUAA